CGUUAAUUUUUGUGGAGAUGAUAUUUUAUCUUAGUGUCCAGUUAUUUCUGCUAUUCUGUGUCAGUGCACAGAUUUCAAACAGAAACAGAUGGUACUUUCCUCCGUUGGGGAUAUGGGAUUUCCCAAAUGGACAACGUUGUGAAUUUGGAAUAUGUCAGCCAGAUCACAAUCAGGAUUUUUGUACUUUGGAUGUUCAAUGUCCAGAAAAUUACUGGUGUGACAAAGGAAGAUGCGUACCAGGUCGAAGACGAUGUGGAAGGACAAUGCCAAACUGCCAAGUUGGAUAUUACUGCUCUACUAUUGCUGGUGUAUGUUUACCUAACCCAGAACAAGAGUCUACAAAUUGUGAAAUCACUGGCUGCCCAGAAGGAUAUUACUGUUCUCAUUUUGCUGGUAUUUGUCUACCAAGUCGGAAUACUUGUUUUUCGGAUACUGAUUGUCCAGAAAAUAACUGGUGUAACCGUGGAAGAUGCGAACAAGGUCUGAGGCCAUGUGGAAGGGGAAGGCCAAACUGCCCAUCAGGAUAUUAUUGUAAUCAUUUUGCUGGUGUAUGUGAACGAAACCCAGAACAAGAGUCUACAAAUUGUGAAAUCACUGGCUGCCCAGAAGGAUAUUACUGUUCUCAUUUUGCUGGUAUUUGUCUACCAAACCCAGUGGAAGAUCAAAGAUUUUGUGAAACAACCUUUGACUGUCCUCGAGGAUACAGCUGUGUGAGUGGAAUUUGUAGAAAUCGUCGGAAUACUUGUUUUUCGGAUACUGAUUGUCCAGAAAAUAACUGGUGUAACCGUGGAAGAUGCCAACCAGGUCUGAGACCAUGUGGAAGGGUAAGUAUCUAUUAAGCUUUUAUUUGGGUUUCCCUAACAAUUUAAAAAAAAACCCCAUGUUUUAACGAUUUAAAAAAAAAUUAAAUUACGAGA